UCAGUCCGGCUACCCAAGGAGGGCGCGCAGCAGCGCAGAGUGCCCGGGAGUCCGCGCCCCGACGCGCCGAGCCCGCAGCUACCGCCACGCUCCGGGCGGGCAUGGGGCAGCCCGGCUGAGCGCCGAACCCCACCGCCGAGACCCGCCGAGACCCGCCGGCCCACGCCGCCCUCCCUCUAGCCGUGGCCCCGGCGCGCACAGGCGAUGGCGAAGGCGACGUCCGGUGCCGCGGGGCUGCGGCUGCUGCUGCUGCUGCCGCUGCUCGGCGAAGCCCCACUGGGCCUCUACUUCUCAAGGGAUGCUUACUGGGAGAAGUUGUAUGUGGACCAGCCGGCCGGCACACCCCUGCUCUAUGUCCAUGCUCUGCGGGACGCCCCCGAGGAGGUGCCCAGCUUCCGCCUAAGCCCGCACCUCUACGGCGCCUACCGCACUCGGCUGCACGAGAACAACUGGAUCCGCGUCCAGGAGGACACUGGCCUUCUCUACCUUAACCAGAGCCUGGACCACAGCUCCUGGGAGAAGCUCAGCGUCCAUAAUGGCGGCUUCCCCCUGCUCACAGUCUACCUCCAGGUCUUCCUGUUGCCCAUGUCCCUGCGUGAGGGCGAGUGCCAGUGGCCCGGCUGUGCCCGUGUCUACUUCUCUGUCGUCAACGCUUCCUUCCCAGCUUGCAGCUCCCUGAAACCCCGGGAGCUCUGCUUCCCAGAGACAGGCCUCUCCUUUCGCAUUCGGGAGAACCGGCCCCCAGGCACCUUCCACCAGUUCCGCCUGCUGCCCGUGCAGUUCCUCUGCCCCAAUGUCAGCAUGACCUACAGGCUCCUGGAAGGUGAGAGAUUGCCCUUCCGCUGCGCCCCGGACAGCAUGGAGGUGAGCACGCGCUGGGCGCUGGACCGCGAGCAGCGGGAGAAGUACGAGCUGGUGGCCCAGUGCACCGUGCGCGCCGGCGCGCGCGAGGAGGCCGUGAUGGUGCCCUUCCCAGUGACCGUGUACGACGAGGACGACUCGCCGCCCACCUGCCCCGGGGGCGUGGACACCGCCAGCGCCGAGGUGGAGUUCAAGCGGAAGGAGGGCACCGUGGUGGCCACACUGCGUGUCUUUGAUGCAGAUGUAGUGCCGGCAUCUGGGGAGCUGGUGAGGCGGUACACAAGCACGCUGCUCCCUGGGGACACCUGGGCCCAGCAGACCUUCCGCGUGGAGCACUGGCCCAACGAGACCCUGGCCCAGGCCAAUGGCAGCUUCGUGCGGGCAACCGUGCACGACUACAGGUUGGUUCUCAACCGAAGCCUCCCCAUCUCGGAGAGCCGGGUCCUGCAACUGGCUGUGCUGGUCAACGACUCGGACUUCCAGGGCCCUGGGCCAGGCGUCCUCCUCCUCCACUUCAAUGUGUCUGUGCUGCCUGUCAGCCUGCGCCUGCCCAGUGCCUAUGCCUUCUCCGUGAGCAGGAGGGCCCGCCGUUUUGCCCAGAUCGGGAAAGUCUGUGUAGAAAACUGCCAGGAGCUCAGCGGUGUUCACAUCCAGUACAGGCUGCAGCCCUCCAGCGCCAACUGCAGCACCCUGGGGGUUGUCACCUCAGCCGAGGACACUUCGGGGACCCUGUUCGUGAAUGACACGGAGACCCUGCGGCGGCCGGCAUGUGCCGAGCUCCAGUACACAGUGGUGGCCGCAGACCGGCAGACCCGCAGGCAGGCCCAGGCCCCGCUACUGCUCACGAUGGAGGGGUCAUAUGUGGCCGAGGAAGUGGACUGCCCACUGUCCUGUGCGGUCAGCAAGAGGCGACCCGAGUGUGAGGAGUGUGGCGGCCUGGGCUCGCCGACAGGCAGGUGCGAGUGGAGACAGGGAGAUGGCAAAGGGAUCACCAGGAACUUCUCCACCUGCUCCCCCAGCACCAAGACCUGCCCCGACGGCCGCUGCGACGCUGUGGAGAGCCGUGAGGCCCACAUCUGCCCCCAGGAUUGCCUCCGGGGCAGCAUUGUUGGGGGGCAUGAGCCAGGUGAGCGUCGGGGGAUUAAAGCUGGCUAUGGCAUCUGCAGCUGCUUCCCCGAGGAGAAGAAAUGCUUCUGCGAGCCCGAAGACAGCCAGGAGCCCCUGUGUGACGAGCUGUGCCGCACGGUGAUCGCAGCAGCUGUCCUCUUCUCCUUCAUCACCUCGGUGCUGCUGUCCACCUUCUGCAUCCACCGCCACAAGAACGCACACAAGCCACCCAUCCCCUCGGCAGAGAUGACCUUCCGCCGACCUGCCCAGGCCUUCCCUGUCAGCUACUCCUCAUCCGGCGCUCGCCGGCCCUCGCUUGACUCCAUGGAGAACCAAGUCUCCGUGGACGCCUUCAAGAUCCCGGAGGAUCCAAAGUGGGAAUUCCCCCGGAAGAACUUGGUUCUUGGAAAAACUCUGGGAGAAGGAGAAUUUGGAAAAGUGGUCAAGGCAACAGCCUUCCGUCUGAAAGGCAGAGCAGGGUACACCACAGUGGCUGUGAAGAUGCUGAAAGAGAAUGCCUCCCCGAGUGAGCUGCGGGACCUGCUGUCAGAGUUCAACCUCCUGAAGCAAGUCAACCAUCCUCACGUCAUCAAGCUGUAUGGGGCCUGCAGCCAGGACGGGCCGCUGCUCCUCAUCGUGGAGUACGCCAAGUACGGCUCCCUGCGGGGUUUCCUGCGCGAGAGCCGCAAAGUGGGGCCCGGCUACGUGGGCAGCGGGGGCAGCCGCAACUCCAGCUCCCUGGACCACCCGGACGAGCGCGCCCUGACCAUGGGCGACCUCAUCUCGUUCGCCUGGCAGAUCUCGCGGGGGAUGCAGUACCUGGCCGAGAUGAAGCUCGUCCAUCGGGACUUGGCCGCCAGGAACAUCCUGGUAGCCGAGGGAAGGAAGAUGAAGAUUUCGGACUUCGGGCUGUCGCGAGACGUGUACGAAGAGGACUCCUACGUGAAGAGGAGCAAGGGUCGGAUUCCAGUCAAAUGGAUGGCAAUUGAGUCCCUUUUUGAUCAUAUCUACACCACCCAAAGUGAUGUGUGGUCCUUUGGAGUCCUGCUGUGGGAGAUCGUGACCCUGGGGGGCAACCCCUACCCUGGGAUUCCUCCUGAGCGGCUUUUCAACCUUCUGAAGACUGGCCACCGGAUGGAGAGGCCUGACAACUGCAGUGAGGAGAUGUACCGCCUGAUGCUGCAGUGCUGGAAGCAGGAAGCCGACAAGAGGCCAGUAUUUGCCGACAUCAGCAAAGAGCUGGAGAAGAUGAUGGUUAAGAGCAGAGACUACCUGGACCUGGCUGCGUCCACCCCAUCCGACUCCCUGCUUUAUGACGACGGCCUGUCUGAAGAGGAGACGCCCCUGGUGGACUGUAAUAGCGCUCCCCUUCCUCGAGCCCUCCCUUCCACAUGGAUUGAAAACAAACUCUAUGGCAUGUCAGACCCGAACUGGCCUGGAGAGAGUCCUGUACCACUCACGAGAGCCGAUGGCACUAACACUGGGUUUCCAAGAUAUGCAAAUGAUAGUGUAUAUGCUAACUGGAUGGUUUCACCCUCAGCGGCAAAAUUAAUGGACACGUUUGAUAGUUAACAUUUCUUUGUGAAAGGUAAUGGACUCACAAGGGGAAGAAACAUGCCAAGAAUGGAACGUCCACUGGCCCUUUCUUUGUGCACAUCACACUGGCCAAGCCAAGUUCUGUUCCCAGGUGGCAGACUAGUUUUUGGUAGUUUGUUUCAACUGCUUUCCAAAGUGGUUUUAUUUCCAAUAGCCAGUGAUUUUCCCUCCUAGCAGACAUGCCACACUGGGUAAGAGUUCUGAGUCUUAGUGGUUAAAUAUUCCUUUCUCUUCUGCACCCAGUGUUGGUCUGUGUCCAUCAGUGACCACCACAGUUCCGUGUUCACAUGUGUGGGUCCACCACUCACUUGUAUGUAUAUGAAAUUGUACCUGAACUUCAUUUUUCUGAUUGCCACCAAAUAAGGCAACAAGAUCCAAAUAUGAAGCACAUGCACACAAAAGGCAGUAGGAAAAAAAAAAUGGCCAAAGUGACCUGUCCUUGUUCAGAAUGAGAGCCUCAUGGUGCCUGAGUGGUGGUGUCCAAGCCCCACGAGGGCUAGAGAGGAAGAGGGACCUCAGGAUGGGCCUUGGCUCAGCAUUCAAGAUCCUGAGAAUGUUUUUUUAAAAUCAUGUAACCUUUUCUUAGGAAGACAUUUGGUUUUUAUUAUGAUUAGGAUGAUUCUUAGAUUUAGCACAAUGGAGAGAUCUAUGUCAUAUUUACUAUGUAGAUGGGGCGUGAGGGAAGAGGGCUCACAAGACACAUUUGUCUCCACUGGGCCCAUUAUAUCAGCCUCAUGCAUUCAGUACUGAGUGACCACUACCCCUGACCAGGACAGCAUGAAGAAAGGGGGUUUAUGGAAUGGAGUGACCCCCAUUCCCAGGACUGCUGAUGGCAGAGGCUUUGCUGCUGCGAAUCCCACCCGCCACCAACGUUCAUCACACACACAGCCAGCAGAGCCCAGAGCAGUGGCUCAUCUUACACGGUGGAGUAGGUGGGACCUGUGCUCACAUUCAUUCAAACCAUAUCAGCUUGCUCACAGAGGGACAGUUCAGCCAGCUGUGUUAGAAGUAGCAUUGGCACUGACCAAGGACUGCUACACCUCCGAUCACAAUUCUGACGUGGAAAAGACGAUGUUAUUGCUCUCACAGAGCUUGUGUGAAAAGGCACAUAUAUCACCUCUUCCUCAGUUUGUGAUUUAAUGCUGCUAUAGCAAGACAUCUGUGUUUCUUAGAUUCUGACCAUGACUCAUAAGCGUCUUGUCAUUCUUCACUGCUUGUUUGUGGACACAGACACCCAACACCCCUCCUAUCUUGUGGGGGUGGCUUUUGGGAAGUUGUAGCAGGUCUUCUGGCUGUCUCAGCACUGUAACUUUGCAGAAAAGGGUCGGAUUACCAAAGCACUGCCUGGUCCUCAGACUCAAAGCACUGUGAUGGGACUUAAAGUAGUCUCAUUAAAAUACUGUAUUUUAUAGGCAUUUCACAAAAGCAGUAAAAUUGUAGCAUUUUGUGUGGCCAAGAAGGCUUGGAUGAGCAUAUGACGGAGCCUUACGGGGUGUGUGUGUGUGUGCAAUGUGAGCACACACAUCUAGAGAGGGAGCUGGAAAAAUGCUUCCUGAACAUGGAACGUGGCUUUAGUUUGGGCCAUUUUUCAGAUACACUUUGAUAAGUUCUUCUACAGAUAUCAAUAGAUAUAGUAAACUUUUGAUUUUCAGAUGUGUUUAAUAAUAGUGUUAUUAAAUGCAUAAAUAAGGAUAAACUCUCUCAAAUUGUUAAAAGAAAAAAAAAGCCUACACAGUAUGAAUUGCGACAGCAGGUUCAUUCUCAGUGGGGUAAGAACUCUGAGUCUAAACAGCUGACCCAGUGAUGGGGAAUUAACCUUUAACUAAUAACCUAAUUGCCUAUUCCUGAGUUAUAAAAGUACCCAUACUUAUUAGUCCUAUCAGAAUUUUCACAGAUAAUAUAUGCAGAAGUUACUAAAUAUUAAGUAUCACUGAGUAUCAAGUAGCAAUCUGUCAGUUAGUAAAAUUUGUAAAAUCUAUUUGUGAAAGGUUAUUAAGUCAUACCAUGUUAAAUUUUGUAAUCGAGGUGACUAAGAAAAUAAUUUCAGUUGUAUAAAUAAAAUCAUGUAUCAUAAAAUGUG